AUGGGCAGUUCUGCAGCGAAAGAGGUAAUUGAGAGAAGCCUGGUGGAGGAUAUCCUUGAAGAAUACAGGGGAGAAAAUUCACUAAGCCACCGCACCCGGAGACAGCUUGUAAACAUAUUGGCAAGUGAUAUGACCGAGAGACAUGGCAGGUUUCCCUCCCGUCAGCAAAAGGAGAAGUAUGCCCUAGGAAUUAUUACUGUCUUUCCUUCACUGAAGGAUCCCUUUUCUCCAAAGGGCUAUGUCAAUCAAGACUUCCUGCUGCUGUUUGGUGCUGAAACAGCCACCAAGUUGCUUGAAAAGUGGGACACCUCAUUCAAGCCAAAAGUCAUCAAAGAGGCCAAACAGCUGACUCCGUCAACUGACCUGUGUCAUUUGCUAAAAGCUGCAGAGAAGCUUGCAGAGAAUGAUGACAAUGACUGGGACAGUGACAUGGCUUCUGUGCUGCUACUGCUUCAUCUUUUGCCACCUUCAGCUGGACGGAAGAGGAGGACCAAAAUAAGUCCAAGGGAUGCAGCAGACAAAAUGGUGCACUUUCACAAGUCAUGCUGCAGCAUCGAUGAACACCUGCAAGAAAGAGAUGGCAAACCAUACAUCCUUGCAGUCGGCCGAACCCAGAGCAGGAUUGACACCUUUUACAUCGCAGUGGACAAACAACUCAUCCCCUGCCAAGCCACCAGCUCACUGGGUGCUUUUGAUGAACUUUUCAAAUCCCACUACGCGUUCAACUUAAAUUACGACGAGUCUCUGGUUCAUUUCUACAGUUUUGUGCAGACUACCAUUUUCAACAUUGACGCUACCUCAACAGACGAGUCACCGCGUGUUCGUGAGUUGCGUGCUACAAUUUUGAAUGAGAACAAUGUUUAAAUGUUUCAUCUGUCAAUCGCUGCAUAUCAGCAGUCAGGCUUUGAUAAGUCAUUUGCGACUAGGCCACAGUUUUUAUCCAAGCACCAAAUUUAAGUUGGCUUGUUCACAAGAAAGUUGUAGGCAUCAGUUCACGUCAUUUUCUGGUUUUAAAAAACAUUUAAAUAGUGUUCAUAAUGAAGAUUGUUGUCAAAGUGGUGAUGCAGAAACCUCAGAGUCAUUUCAGGAUGAUUUUUUCAUUCAGGAUGAAGUUGCGGAAACAAGUGUCACACAGAGCCUUGAGGCUGGUUGUUCUGAAAACAAUGGAUCUGGUCAAAGAAUGGAAGAGAAAACGAAAUCCAUUUUAACUACUAUUGUUGGUAAACUCAGUGGUAGUGAUUUGGCAAAUAGUUUUGUGACAUCACUUGUUAAUGAUUUGGAAGAAUUUGCUGAUGGACUGCACUGUCAGUUUAAGCAAAAAGUACUCUCCGUUGUGCCAAAAGAUAAUCCUGUAAGGUCUACAUUGGAAAAAUGUCUUGAGACUUUUGACAACCCAGUUGAGGGCUUUGAUACAGAAGCUAAAAGAAAGACAUAUUUCAGUGCAAAAUGGGGAAUUGUCGAGCCAGUGGAAAGAACUUUAGGAAUUCGUUAUGAUACAAGGUUAAAUAAAAAUACAGGAACUUAUGACCAGGUACCAGUGAAAGACACUUUUGUGUACAUUCCAAUUUUGGAAACCAUCAAAUUUAUCUGCCGCAAUACUUAUAUUUGCGAGCUGCUGGCUAAACCAGGUGUAUCAAAAGAAGACCGAUAUGAUGACUUCUGUGAUGGAAGUUAUUUUAAGUCUCAUCCAUUGUUUUCAAAACAACCAAUCUCUUUGCAAAUUCAACUGUUUUACGAUGACUUUGAGACAGCUAAUCCACUUGGUUCCAAACGUGGGGUUCACAAAAUUAGUGCAAUGAACUUUGUCCUCAGAAAUCUGCCUCCAAAGUAAAAUUCUGCAUUGAUGAACAUUCAUUUGGUUUCAUUGUUUCAUGCAGAAGAUGUGAAAAAACAUGGCUUUGAUCCUAUUUUACAGCCACUGAUUGAUGACAUAAAAUUAUUGGAGCGUCAUGGCAUUGAUUUACCCUUCUCAUCUGAAAAGGUCCAUGGCACUAUAUGUCAGAUAACUGGGGACAACUUGGGGAUGCACACAAUUUUGGGUUUUGUAGAGUCUUUCAGUGGACGUCACUACUGUCGUUUGUGUUUAAUUUCAAAAGAAGAUGCGCAGAGUGUGUAUACUGAGGAUGAUCCAAAGAUAGUCUUACGAGGGAAAGAGCUUUUUGAAAUGCACUGCAGAGAGUUGCAAUCCGAUCCUCAAAAGCUGCAUGUGUUUGGAUUAAAAAAGAAUUCAACACUGAACAGUUUACAGUUCUUUCAUGUUUGCCAGACAUAAUGCACGACAUUCUUGAAGGGGUGGCACAGUAUGAGAUAAAGUUGCUCUUGGAAAAUCUUUCAGACAAUUUUCUGCCAAAACCUGCUCUUUUGUCACGGAUCUAUGCUUUUGAUUAUGGCUACUCAGAGCGCAAAAAUCGUCCAACAAGGGUGAACUUGGACAGUCCUGGCAAUAGUAUAGGCCUCAACUCCAUUCAGACUCUUUGUCUAAUAAGAAACGUUCCUUUAAUUUUUGGUGACAUUGUGCCAGAAGGAAAUCAGAACUGGACCUUGCUAUUGCUUUUACUACAAAUAAUUAUCAUCAUUUUCUCUCCAUCAGUUUCAAUUGGCAUGACUGUGCAUCUAAAGCAUUUAAUAAUGGAACACCAUUACUUGUUCAAACAGUUAUAUCCAGGGAGAAACCUGAUUCCCAAACACCACUUUAUGUUGCACUACCCUACUGGAAAAUUGGACCCUUAAUACAUGUAUGGGGUAUGAGAGGUGAGGCUAAACAUAGGGUAUAAACACCCUUAAAAACUUUAAAAACAUUACAGUGUCACUUGCCAAAAAACACCAAGCAUCAAUAGCAUACAAGUGGGAGACAUGUCCUUUUAACAAUGUUGAAUAUGGGCCCUUAAAAUUGUUCAAUGUUGAAGAUGAGGAAAUGAUCACCCAAGGCUUGCCUGCUGCAGAAGACACUUUCUCUGCUAACUGGGUUAUUAUUAAUGGGACCGAAUACAGAGCAGGAUUGGUCAUUUGCUGUGGUUCGAAACAUGACAUGCCUGUGUUUUGUAGUAUAAAAAAAAUUGUUUUGGUCAAUAGUGUCACCUUCUUUUUAGUUAACAAGCUUUUUGUUGAAAAGUUCAAUGAGCAUUGCCAUGCCUAUCAAGUCUUUGAAACCGAUGAAAACAAUGUUAUUAGAGCAGAUUCUAUUGAAAUUUACAAGCCCUUUGAUUUACAAAGUUCUUAUGGCAAUGACAAUGGACUUUACAUUGUGCCAUUAUUUUAUUUGUAAAAGUACAAUGUUUCGAUGGUGCUUAGAAUGUAUUAAAAUUGUAAUGUGAAUGGAAUGUAUUAAAAUAAUGUGAAUGUAAUGUCAUCAGCUUUCUGUUUUUUUUUUCACUGAUAGUAACACAAUUGCACUUCAAUGUGCUAUAAGUAUUAGACACUAAAUACAGAUUAGAAUUUAAAAACUCAUAGAGCACUCUAAAGUCUCAUACAAUAACACUGUAAAUGUUAUAAAGUAACACUGUUAGUGAAAAAGAGUUAACACAAUUCAGUGUGAAAAUGAACACUUAAAAUUGUUAUAAAUAACACCAUGGAUGUUAUGAAGUAACACUCCCAGUGAAAAGAGUUAACCUUAUCCAGUGUUAUAGUGAACAC